AUGGGGUUGCUCGGAAUCGAACCCGUGACCCUCGAUGCCGUUGGUACCGCUCCCUUGUUUACGACCACGCUUAGGUCUCUUAACUACGGACUGAAGAAAAGGGCCCAACAACUAGAUACUGAGCCGACGGGGAAGAGCCCACCCGUUCAAGACAAGCUCACGUGUUCAAUUGGCGAUGAACGUACUGCAGGCGAAACUGAAGGCGCGCUAGGCUCAGUGAAUGAGGCACGAGAUGCGGAGAACAAAGAGAACGAAGCCGACAAAGGGAACCUGAACGACUCCAAAGAUGAUGACUCCAAAGAUGAUGACAACGAAGAUGAUGACAACGAAGAUGCCUGUCAAAAGGAAAAGGAAGAACGGGACAAGGACGAAGAUGAAAUGAGUGGUAAGACGCAAGAUGUGAAGGGCAACGAUGACGGUGCAGUACAGAAGUGGGCAAGGCCUCCAAUUCUGGUUGUGACCUGCGUCCGGGGCUGGCAGGAUUGGCACAAAUGUUGCAUCUGUCACCAGAACGACCCUUGUCACGAUGGAUCAGGCUGCCAAGAAAUCAAGCUGAUUAAGGAUCCGGUGAUAGGCGCGGUGACUAUUACUGGUGAGUACAGUAUCUAUUGCUGUACCUACGGGACGCUGCACCGUCAGGAGGCGAGGGACGGCAGCAUUUUCGAUGUGCCGUGGGCUGCAGUUGCACUCGAGUACAUUGAUGUGAUUUUCCCGCUUAGUCGUUGGUCCAUAUUAUUGAGCCUGCUCCGUGUGAAAUGUGAGCAGUGGUACACAGUGAACGUGGCAUCAACAGACACAUCUGUCGCGGCAUGGCGUGAUAUCCACGACGCCGCAUCAUGGUUCAAUGGGGUGUUCUCAGCAGAUUUGCUGCAUGUUUUGAGACAUGUCGACGGUUGGCUGAUGAGCGGUGGCGCGGACAUGAAAGGCCUGGCUUCUGCGGUGUCCUCUGACGCCGGCCGUAGCCGACUUUGGUCUAUGUUCGAAAAGUCUUACUGUAUCAUGCAUAUCCUAAGUGGGAUUAUUACUACGAAACUGAUGCCUUAA